AUGGCUGACGCACGGGAAGAGACAAGCCGCUUAUAUGGCCCCCCAAAAAUCACUAUUAUUCCUCAUGAAGGAAUUGAAGAUGGACCACCUCAACUGCAUAUGAGCCGGGUGCCAGGUCAAGCCCAAGCUCUUCGUAUCAUACAGGCUCCUGAGACCCUUUACCCUGCCUCUCGCUCUACGGAGCUGGCGCCUUCUUCAACACUUUGGGAUUCCCAGCGAGUGCAAAGACGAUGGCUCUUCAACGCUCACCCAGAGGCUUUCGCGGGCAGCUCCGAAGCUUCCAGCUUUCUGUACGAAGGACUCGCUCAGCUCAUGCGGCCUGAUGCCGCGCCGACGACUCAGCCACUUAUGACAAUCAGUCAGAUGGCAGAUGUCACCAACCACACGCGGGUCGUGUCCGUCCCCGUACUGGCCACGGCUGCCGGCGAAUCGGGUGAGCUCCUCCGUCUGUCCAAGAUUGAGGAGACAAACUGGCAAUGGGGCGAGAACGAGAGCCCAACGCUUCGGAUGUUGAGCAUCGACCAGCACGACAAGGAAGAAUCUGUCUUGUGGUCGAGCGAUGGAGCCCCGAUUCUGCAGAUCAAGCCUGCGCUGAGCUUGGUCCGGUUCGAACCCACGAGGUGGCUGCUGGUGCAGAAGCGGACUUCGACUACCAUUCUUCAGCCGGAUUACCACAAGAUUCCUGUUUCAGAACGCCCGUCGGGGAUUGACCAGGCUAUCGAGCGCCCAUCUCGAAUCAACCCGAGACCCGUCCUCAUCAUCUCCUCGGAGCAGACUGGAGGCUUUGCGCAUUCUGAUGUGUCUUUCAGCUAUGGCUCGCAGAAAAAGCCGCCUCAGCUGGCCAUCAUAGACGAGUGCGGCUACUACAGUGUCUGGGAUGUCAAGGGUCGAGACAUGGUGGGAUCCAGCGGCUUGCGUCCAAAGCUCCGGCAUUGUGGCCACAUUCACUUGGGUGUUACGGAGCAGCUCCCCGACGAGGACUCGCCGGCUUUCCGCGCAGAGCCUCAUGGCGUGAUGUGGAUCGGCGCGGCCGGCCCGGGUGUAGAUCUUUGGGAUGUGCCCGAAGGGCAAGAUGUCGAUGCAGGAAACGACCUGGCUGCCCUGACGUCGAGGUCCAAAAAACUCGUCAUCUGGAACCGCGCAAAAUUCGAGAUCAUUGAUAUCAAAGACUCGACGUUUCGAAAGAGCUUGGUCAUACUCAAGACGGACGAGCCAGACCACAUACUAGAUGUGAAGCCAAAUCCCUUGAACAGGAGUCAGAUCUUCAUCCUCACGACCUCAGGUUUCUUUUGGAUCGAGACGUCGUCUUCAGGGACGACAGCCAACAAGGCAGGCGGACUCUCCAUUCUGCAAUCCUUUGCACACCUCAGGGGCUCGGAUGCGGACGCUCUCAGGCUCACCGUGCAUCACGGCGGUUCGGAAGCAGGAAACGAAAAAUGCACAGUUUUUAUCUACUCUGACAGAUCUCCAGAGGUAGAUGUUUACUGGUUUUACGCGCCUGAAGACACGGGAUUGCCACAGUUUGAGCACCAUAUCAUGAAGCUCACGGGCGACGCGACGAAGCUUCAGACUUUGUGCCCAGUGCCGGCUUUCCUGAGAAACCCCUCCACUGCAACAGCCAAGGGCCCAGGCUUAGAGUACCUCAAUCAUGACAUCCGAUUCCAGCAGCUGUUCGUUCUUGGCAGGGACCUCAGCUUGAGCCAGAGCCUCUUUGCGAUCUCGGCCGGCCCUGAUCUCGAUGUGGUGGCUCCCGAUAGCAGUCGCGAGUGGUCAAGAGACGGGCGCAGACAGGCGCAUAACAAGAGGCGACGACAGUUCCUUCAGCAUUUCGAAGGUACUUUUGUCGUUCCCGAUGGCCUGGGUGAUAUGGAUGAGCUGGUGCAGCGCCGCGCCAAUCGGUACCAGGAGCUCAUGGAGAGUGAGCAGGCAGAAGAGGAAGCACAGCUUAAGCAGCGGUGGCCUAGAGGUCUGAACCUGGAUCAGCUCGUAUCCCGCGUCAAUGUUUCCAUCGAGUCGGUCAUCAUGGCGUCAGAGCAAGCUACCAUUGAGGGUCCUCUGUCUGUAUUUGAAGCCAUACGGGAAGCAGCCGUCAACUGUCUAGAGACUGAGGGCGGGUACAUCCCGCUGCACACUUUGCACGAAUACGAAAACACCUUUGAGGCGCCUCCUGUCUCCCAUGAGGCAGUAGCAGCGUGGGACUCUCGCUUCCAGGAGAUGAUGAACGCGCAGACCGAUCGUGUCAUUGCACAACCUCUCACAUCGCAAUUUCUACACGGCUUGGAAACAUUGUCACCCCUCGCAGACAUCCGCGACCAGCUCGAGGAGAUGUGGAGUCCAGCGGGCCUCCCGCCUAGAGCACAGCAAUCACGGAAUGUCGUGCUAGCAGAGACGGCCGAGGCCAUCGCUCGAUCCCUCUUUGGUGUGGCCGUACUCGACGCGAACCUCCCGACCAGAGAAGACGAGUCCCCCACCUGGGUUCCCGAACCUCCACCACUACCAGUCCGGCAGCCGAGCCAACGCUCAAGUCAGCGCUUCUCAUCGUCACCCGCAAAGCGUAGCCAACUAUCGUCAAGCCAGCGACUCUCACUCUCUCCGACCAAACUGAGCCAGCCCCUCAGCCAGAGAAUUUCUCUAUCGCCAACCAAACGCGUCCAAGCCCUCGGCCACCGCCUCUCCUUCUCCCCUUCCAAAGGCGCCCGCUCCCAGCCCUUUGAUGACAACGUUCCCCCCUCAUCGUUCCCCUUUCCCUCCUCGGGGCCCCUAUUCUCCCAGUCCUCCUCCGUCGGCCCCUCCUCGAGCUUCCCCGACGCCGCACCAUCAACACCAACGACACCCGCACCCACCACAAUCGCAACCACGGCUCUCCAGCGCCUAAGCAUGCUCGCCGAAGACAUCAACACCGCAGACCCCCCCGCCCGCCAACACAAAGUCCUCGCCUACUGGCCCACAGCCCGCGGCGUCAGCACGGAAGGCUACGUCUCCUCCGUCCUCGCCUCCUCCACAAAGCACAUGGACGUCCUUAACGAGCGCCGCCACCGCGCCGAAUCGCGCCGCCGCAAGCGCAAGUCGCAGUUCCUCGGCGCGUCGUCGCAGCACGGGUGGGGAACGAGCGAGAUGGACGACGUGUUCGAGUCAUCUGGGCCUGGGUCCGGGCCCGCGACGAAGACGAAGAUGCAGACGGCGACGAACACCGGGUCCGAGUUUGCACCACUGUUGCCGCCCUCAACGCAGCCUCUUCCCAAGCUUGCGCCGCCCAUCAUCGGCUCGAGCCAGUUUCCGCCCGUGCCGUCUUCUCAGGCUAUCUUCUCGUCGCAGAUGCCGCUCGUCAUGUCGCAGCCCAUGGCUGGGAGGCACGGGAUGCGGUCGCCGGGGAAGAAAAAGAAGAGAAAGUCUGGUUUCUAA